AUGGAAAGCGUUUUUUGCUGCUUCCGGAGCAAAUUUGUCCCGCUGGUGGAGUUUGGGCAGGGAUGCUCCUCGUCGCAAGGAGCCCAGUCGCAGGACUUUCUUGACGUGUUGCAAGACGCAAACAAAGCGGCAGACUGGAAAGGCGGUGGAUAUGACUGGAUGCAACGCUGCAUGUUGCAGUUGGAUGUCGCGUCCCGUCUUCUUCAUGCUUCCAUUAGACUUUACAUAUCUAGGGAGGAUGGCAAGUAUGAGCUUCUACUUGUCAGCACCUCCGGCGUCCAGAGCGCUGCUCUGCCUGGUCCAGCCGUUGAAUGCCGCGGCGACAACCCAAUCACAUUAAAACCGGCUGCGAUGCCCGAGGGCAAAGGAAUAUCUGCCAGGAGGAAUCAAACAGCAAAUCAACUGGACAUCGACAGCUCAUUUUUCGAGCUCAAGUGCAACGAUGCAAAACGGGGGUCGAGAGUACAGUAUCUUUCCUCUGGUAACGCGAACGCCAAGUCAAUUGCACUCGUGCCGCUUUCCAGCGGCGCAGAUCGCAUUGGUUUGUUGAUGUUGACACCCGAAGGCCACUCGAAGCGGCGUCCAGCAGGCGCAAAUGCUCCAGGGAACGGUCACAUACGGGCAACAGAAGAUGAGCAAGGGAACAACGAUUCCUCGAGCGAUUUUCUUCGGCGCCGCGAGCAACAGCUCGGUCGACUAGGCAUAGCCCUGUCGUUAGCCCUUACCCCAGAUCUGCCCUCCCUGCGCUGCCUCGCAAACUCCCUGGGGAGGCUCUCCGCAGCCGCCAGCCUACGUGAGACCCUCGCGGAAUUAUGCGAUGUGGUGUCGUACCAUGUACGACAGCGAUUCCUGCUGGAACCUGUCGUACGUGCGGCGCUCGUGGCGGACGCUGAUGCCACGACAGCAUUCAUGUUGGGCCUGUCGGGUGCACCGUACGGCUGCCACUACUCGCCGAGCCGCCACGUCGGCCAGCCGCCAACACCGCAUCAGGCACCGCAACAAUUACCAAUGCCCCUGACACCCCCAUCGCAGUCGCUGCAGCAGCAACCAUUCCCGCCGCUACUACCGACGCCGCAGCAGGAGCGGCAGCAGGGCCUUGCGUCUAUCCCCGAUGAUGCGCCGCCGAAUGCCCUGCCAACCUUUCUUCUCCGAGACCUCACCACCACACCCUGGGACCCCACAUCACAAAACACACCUCCCAAGUCCAGCACUGAAACUGGGGGAGACACACAUGCGGCCUCUGGCCCUACCUCCAUUGCUCAUGGCGUCGCUACUGUUCCCCAACCCAGCAGUGGAAGAUCACCGCCACCACUUCCGCAGGGGUGUAGCAGCGAAGCUGAGGCUUCGGUGUUGGGGUUUGAGGGGUUUCCCCCGGAGUGCAGCGACACAGCCGCUGCCGCCGUCAGGGAUCUGCAGCCGCAGUUGUUGCAUCAGCAUCAUCAGCAUCAUCAGCAUCAUCAGCCGCUGAGGCUCCUGAGCCCCGGAUGUGUGGCGACGGCCUGUGAGGCGGCGGGGGGGUCCUUGGUUGCCCGUCCCUUCCAGUUGUCGUACAGCCUGCUGCUGCGACUGCAGAUGCAGCAGCCGCGGAUGUACGGCAUUGCGGUGCAGGACUGCGCUCGGUUUGUGCAGGACGUGAACCAGCCUUCCCGAGACGUCUGUCUGCUCAUGGGAUCCUCCAGUUCAUUGCCUCCUGUAUCCCAACUGGCCAGCGUUCCAGCUGAUUCAUCUGGCCAGCCGGGGUCCUUGUACGGCUGUAGAAGCUGUACGGAGCCCACUGCUGCAGCCGCAGCAGCAGCUGCUGGCUACGGCAACGGCGGCGCCGUCAAGUCCUUGGUGCUUGUGGGUAUCGAUGCCGGCGACGGCGUGACUCUGGGUUUCUACGUGUGCUUACCCCACCGUCUUCCGGGGCAGCUGGUGGAGGCGGUGAAGGACAGCUGCCAAAACCUGCUGAACAGACCGCUGCCAGUGGUAUCGUCCACUGCCGGCGCCGGCGGCGGCGGCGGUGGUGGCGGCAGCGGUUCUUAUGCCGGCGCCAGCCUGGCUGAUAGCGCCCCGCCGGGUGGCGCUGUACUGCAUAAACCUACGCGCGCAAAGCCAUUUGCCAGCUCCCCCGCGACCCGGUCCCUACUGGCGCCCCUGGAGCCCCUGGACGGCAGUGGAGGCGGAGGCGGGCGACGCGGUGGCAGCGGUGAAGGUGCUGUCAGCCUGGGUGGUGGCGGCAUAGGCUCCUCGCCCGAUAUGCCGUUUCAUAACCUCUCCAUCUCAUCGCGUUCGCGGUCAGCCACCAUCAUACGGAGGUGCUUCCGUACGGUCAUUGGCCUGACCGGUGGCGACGUCAGCUGCGGUGGUGGCGGCGGUGGUGGCGGCAGCGGUUCUUAUGCCGGCGCCAGCCUGGCUGAUAGCGCCCCGCCGGGUGGCGCUGUACUGCAUAAACCUACGCGCGCAAAGCCAUUUGCCAGCUCCCCCGCGACCCGGUCCCUACUGGCGCCCCUGGAGCCCCUGGACGGCAGUGGAGGCGGAGGCGGGCGACGCGGUGGCAGCGGUGAAGGUGCUGUCAGCCUGGGUGGUGGCGGCAUAGGCUCCUCGCCCGAUAUGCCGUUUCAUAACCUCUCCAUCUCAUCGCGUUCGCGCCCUAACGUGGACGCGUCGUUAUGCGAUGGCGGCAGCGCCUCCGCCGGCGACUUGUUGGUGCAAAUGACGGCGACGGAGACGGCGGCGGCGGCGGCGGCGGCAGGGGUGCAUGCAAACACCGCUGCUGAUACGGACCUCUUUCGGGACUUGCUAACCAGCAGACAAUUCGCCAGCGGACCGCAGCCGGUGGUGGCAUCAGAUCAACAAGCUGAAGUCAUCCGCCGCGCCGCAUCAGUGAUUGUCAUAUGCGACGUCGGGACGGAGCCGCUUAGCAGCUGCCAACAGCAGCUAGGUGCUCUGGUAACUAGUGUACGGGACAGCAUCACGACUGCCGCCGCCAAUGCCGCAAAUGCCGCCGCCGCCGCCAUGGCUGCUGCCGCUGUCGGGGGCGGUGCCUUUCUCUCCUUGCCGGAUACGGCAUCGCGGCCUUUACAGAGCGUGGCGGCGCAUUUGCGUGGCGGCGCCGACGGCGCCGGCAGUACGGCGACCCCGGUUAUUGCUGACGGCUGCAACGCUUUGGUGGGGGUCACCAGGCAUACAGCUCCUGGCUAUCAAGGUGGUUGGGGCCACAGCCACACCACCGGCAUUACAAGUGCUGCUGCUACGGGUGCCGCCACUGCUACUGCCGCUGCCAUUGCUGCCGGAUUUGGUCUCGGAGCCGCCCCAGCUGGCAGAACCGCCACUACCACCACUACCAUCACUUCCCCGGCGGCGUUAUUGCCACCCUCACAACCACCCCACCAACAAAUGUCAAUGUACGGCAUUGAUUCUGAGGAUGCUGACGUGGCGGAUCUCCAGCUGGUGGCCAAGUUGGGGCAAGGGGGCGGCGGGUCUGUGUUUCUGGGCCAGAUGGCGGGUGGGCUGGAAGUGACGGUUAAAUUGCUGGAGCUUCCCUCCGGGUUUAACGUCGAGGACUUUGUUGACCAGCUUUUGGCGUGGCCGGCGGCGGAACCUCGGCAGCAAGCGCGCUGUGGCGGCAUGUUGCGGGAAAACUUCAACCUUCAACGGCAUGCAACAGCUGCGGCUGCUACGGCUGCUGGUUUCGGAGGAUCAGUCGGAACUUUACCUAAGGGCAUAAGAGCUGGAGGAGCAGCACCAGCACUCGGAGUGUCAAGUAGUGGUAACACGAAUUUUGGUGCCGUACUGGCAGCGGAGGCUGUACGGCAACAAGUCCGUGCACAACGGUCGCUGUUGCAGAGCGCUACGGAGCUUGCAAUGCUGACGUCCAUAAGCCAUCCAAACAUCGUACAGGUGUACGGCACCUACAACAAUGUGGUUCUGGUGACUUGUACGACACCCGAUGGCGGGACGCCUGUGUAUCAGUUACGGCACCACUGGGAGGUACUGCAAGAAGAAAAGCUGAUGGGGCCAUCAUGUGAAUCCAGCACGGGCACUGUGUACGACAAUACACGCGCUGAGUACUCGCGAGUGUGCAGCGCCGUAUGCAUGACGUUCUGCGAUCUGGGAUCCCUGUACACGGCGCUCACUCAGGGGGCCUUCCCAAACCGGAUGGGAGCGGUAGCAGCCACGGAGGCAAUGACCCACGGGUCGGAUCAGCGUGUCAUGGCGGUGACGUCAGCAGCGCUCCCGGCGAUGUCAUCCGCGGCCGUGACGGCGGUGAAUCCAAACAUCUCGGAAGACUCUGGAGUCCACAUUCUCGCGCACAUGAGGUCCGUGUACUUGACUCUUCUGGAGGUGGCUCUGGCACUGAGGUAUCUCCACGGCAGAAACAUACUGCACAGAGACCUCAAGCCCGGAAACAUCCUGCUCAAGUCCCGCAACCCCACGCGGGGCGACCCCCGGGGCUUCACCACCAAGCUCGCGGACUUUGGACUCGCGCUGGUGAUGAUGGAGGAAGAGAAGGACGAUAAGGACAGCGUGCACCGCCACCAGCAAUCCGUACACCGCCGCCAGCAGCACCCCCAGCAGCACUGCUAUCACCGUCAACAGUCAAUGCCGGCAGAAGGGGGAGGCGGAGGAGGAGGAGGAGGAGGAGGACUGGGAUUCGUUCCCACUGGCUCUUGCCUAGGGCCUCGUGGGCCCCUUGCCAACACCGGCAGGCGUUACGCCGUACAAGACCAGGCUUGCGGCACAGUGGACCACAUGUCCCCCGAGGCCUUACGUGGCAACGGCUCCCGUCUCACUGCCGCUUCGGACGUGUACAGCUUCGGUGUGGUGAUGCUGGAGGUGGUGACUGGGGCCCGGCGGCCAUUCGGGACCCUGCCCUCGGACCGCAUAAGCCGGCUGGUAAUGGCGGGAACACGACCGCUUUUUCCCGCCUGGGUGCCAGCGCAAUACAGGUCCCUGGCCGAGUCAUGCUGGUCUCAUAACCCGCAUUUGCGGCCCAGCGCGGCCCAGCUGGUGGUGGCCAUCAGGGACCAACUGAACAACAACUACCCGCCACAACCGCCACAACAGCCACAACAACAACCGCAGCCACCACCAUCAACAGCCGCAAAUGUGGCGGUAGCAGCGACAAAGACAUCGCGAGCAUUGGCAAAGCCAGGAGGAGGAGUCAGUAAUUAA